AUGUCGGGUUUCGUAGCCGGUGAAGAAGCCGUCAAGAGUGCCCUGAGUGCGGCGACUUGGAUUGGUGCUGCAUCUCCCAAAUAUUCACACUUAGUCCUCUCUCGUGUCUUCAACAUCUAUUCCGAGUAUAUUUACGCCAACGGGUUCAAACUCACGCGAGAAAAUCUAAUCGAAGAUUUCGGUACUCGGCCUGAAGAUGUAGACCCGUUCAUGAAAAUAUUUGGAGGCCCAAAUGGCAUAGCUACCUAUCUCACUGCCCUCCCUGGCCUCCUUCCCAUCCUCCCUCAUCCGAGGAAUAUCCCCAUUAUCGUUCCUCUCUUUUGUGUAUUCACAGUCAUGACAUCCUUAGCGGUUGGUCUGAGACUGUGGUCCCGCCAGAAAGUUGCGGGUGGUAUUCGGUCUUUUGAUUGGUUGGCACUUGCAGGUUUUGGCUUGACUAUCAUAUAUGGGGCAGUGUCGGUCUACCACAGCAAAGUUUCUGGACCAUACCAGGCUUUCUAUGACAGAACAUGGGACCAAAUGAAGGAAAAUUACAAAGUCUACCUUGUCCUCACGAUUAUGUACCCAUUUAUUAUGGGACUUAUCAAAAUCUCUCUAUUACUCUUUUACUACCGUGUAGCAACAUUGAACUACGUGCAAUGGGCAGUCUACGCCACAGGAUCAUUGACGAUCGCAAAUUCGAUUGCAGCCAUCAUUACACAUUGCUUAGCCUUCAUGCCGAUUGAUUUCUGGAACCAUUUCUUACAAAGCCCUUUCAAGUUCAACUCUCGGACCCCAAUGCUGGUGUUCGGGGCCGUCUACAUCUUGACUGAUGUCGCGAUCUUGAUCAUUCCUAUGCCUAUGGUUUUCCAGCUGAAGUUAUAUCCAAGGGAAAAGGUUAUAGCAGUUAUUGCCUUUUCGCUAGGUGGAGUCGCCUGCGUCGCUAGCGGUUUCAGAAUAUGGGCCAUCGAUGAAUUCCAAAACUACAGCGGCAAGAAUAGCUCCGGAUUGAUGAUCGAUGCAUGGACAAUGAUCGAAUUAAACCUCACUUUGAUCUGCGCUUCAGCACCAGCGAUAAGAGCAUUGGCGAUACAUUAUGCACCAAAGAUCCUCAGUACCCUACCAUCGGCAUUCUCUUCGUCCGGCGCGACAAGAGGAUCCAAAAGUGCGGGGUCUUCAGGGAAAUCGAAGACCCCGGAGAGCGAGAAAUCUAUGCAAGUCUCGCAAUCGCCAGUCAUUCCGAAGGAAGUUGUUUGA